AUGGCAGACAAUAUGGAGGGAGAUUCCGCAAAAGCACUGCCAGUGAAAGACAUAAAAGAAAAACCUGAACAACAGGCCAGAGCAAAAGAGACUGACAAGUUACCCAGCAGUACUGAACCUCGACAGCAACCAAGUGCCUUAUUUGCUAGAGGAAAUAGGAAAGCAGCCAAAAGUCCUCAAAGAUCAUCAACUAAAAUAAAGGAGAAGAAGCAUCCGUUUGCUCUUUAUGGGUGGGGAGAAAAACAGACCGAUACCGGAAGCCAAAAAACUCACAACGUCUGCGCGUCUGCCCCCGUGCAUGAGAUUCACGAAUCAGCAUUACGAGCCAAGAACAGAAGACAGGUGGAAAGAAGGAAACUGGUCACUCAGAGGCAGCGCGCUCACUCUGUAGACGUGGAGAAAAACCGAAAGAUAAAGCCUUCCUCCUCGGAGAACCCAUGGAUGACAGAGUACAUGAGAUGCUAUUCGGCGAGAGCUUAAAGGCCGAAACAGUCGCUUGGACAGCCUCUU